CGCAUCACUAGACUACCCACUCUUCUCCUCCCUGAACAUUGUCUUUUGUGUCGCGUAAAAUAUUAAGAAAAACACUGUGAAAAUCGUUACGAAGCAACCAAAAAUAAAAACAGCUUAAUAACAUUCGUUUCAAGGUGGCGCAAAAUGCAAGCGACGCAGCACUAAGCGCUCGCUUUUCGAGUCCUCAAUUAUUGUGAACUAAGCGUAUGCAACCUACUUAUAUUUAUUAACAACAACAACAACAGCAACAACAACAAACAGUAUGUACAACAACGUCGCACGGGGCUUCUCCAUACACGACGCAUUCGAGGAGGAGGAAGAGGAGGCGAUACGCGUCUAUGGCUCCACAGUGAUAUCGACGCCAAUGCGCGGUGGCGUAAGCGGCAGCGCCAAACAAGGUCGCUCCACCGAAGAUGUAUCCAUACGCAUACAGGAUCCAAAGGGCUACAACAAGUACGCCGAAGACACAACGUCGCGGGACAGCGACUCGCUGAUACAGGAAUAUGGCAAUCUGCCCACGGAGGAGACAAACACAUAUUGCUGGCGGCAUCCGAAGGUGCGCGAAAAUUGGCGCACAGUCCUCGCCGCAUUCACGCUCCUCGUGGUGGGCACCGGGCUAUUUGUGAUGGGCACCUUUGCCAUUGCCGAUCCACACAAUACAUCGCAGGGUGUUGUAUUUUUUGUUGCUGGACUCAUUUGCUUUAUACCGGGCGCCUAUCAUGUCGUCUAUAUAUGGCUGGCGGCCAAGGGCUAUCGAGGGUUUGACUUUUACCACUUACCUUUGUUUACAUAAGCACACACACAUAUAUAUAUAUUUAUAUUUAUACAUAUAUAUAAUGUAAAUGUAUGUCGCAUUGGUUGAUCCAAUUUGUAUCAGCAAAACGCCCCUAGGCCCCCAUGCCCUCCCCUCUGUCUAUAUACAUAUUUAUAUAUACAAUUAUUUUCUAUGUAUGGUAAUUAACUCAGACGUCUUGUGUUUUAUGUGUGUCUUGAACGAAUUUCAAUGAACAAAACCCAAAAAGCAAAAAUGAUAAACACAAACUAGACAAAAACUCCAAUUCGAAUCCUAGCCUUAAUGUAUGUAUUUUUUUAAAUUAAUAUUAUAAUAUACUCAAAAACGUUUGGUAUACCCUCGAAAGCAGUGUUGCCAAUUUAGCUGUUUUCCAGCUGAAUUAGCUUAUUUUCGCAAGUCAGCAGCCGUUAACGGCUUGAAGCUUCAAACUGAUUUAGCUAUUUUUCGGCCUCUCAAGGACAAGAACAAGCCAAUAUUUACUCGAAAAGCUUAUUCGGCUAUUUUUGAGCUAUUUCAACACUGGUUUCAGCUACUUUAUUCAAUAGACAGCUGGCAACACUGCUCAAAAGUGCAAAGGAUACGUAUGAUAACACUCUCACACACACACACACAUUCGAAAUUUAUUUAAAAUACCAACAACAACAAAAAAACGAAAGACUUUGUAUAUGAUGCUAAAUGUUGAGCGCGCGUUAGUGUUAAAAACAUAACAAAAAUUUAAACUGUAAUUUAUUGAAAUUUAAUUGCACCAAAAAAACAAAAAGCAAAAAUGCUAACGAAAUGUUUUACGAUUUUCGAACACGAAUCUAUAUAUAAAUAAAUUUAUAUGUAUAUGAUUAGUAAGCGUCUGUCCGGGACGCAACUUACCUAGUUUAUAUAUAUAUAUAUAUAGUACAGUAAAUAUUAUUAUUUAACAAACUGUCAUGAGAAAUCUUAAAAAAAUAAAACCAAAAGAAAUCGAUUAGUGAUAUAAGUAAAAAAAAAACAA